ACCUGCACAGCUUGUGAGACAAGUGCGUCACGCCAUUCGUUGUUGCAUAUUGAAAUUUGUCCAACCUCCACUGUUUAAAAUUUUGUGAUGAAAUUUAUUUUAUUCUUUCUCACUGGUAGGCGUCAUCUGUUUUGAUGGUCACAUGAAAUUUUAUCUUUCGUCAAGAAUAACUGAAAAAUAUAACAGACAAACGCAUUGGAGUUUUUCUGGAGAGGCGUUGACACGUGAACUUUACGAUCUGUAACCACCUGCAAUCAAAGAGAUUGGCAUCAAAUCCGAUCUUCUGAGGAGUGGCAAAUAUUUAAAGAUGUCUGCACUGAACAGCCUUUUUUCUUUCACAAGCCCAGCAGUGAAAAAACUGCUUGGUUGGAAACAAGGAGAUGAAGAAGAGAAAUGGGCAGAGAAAGCUGUUGAUUCAUUAGUGAAAAAACUGAAAAAGAAAAAAGGUGCCAUAGAGGAGUUGGAGAAAGCACUCAGUUGUCCUGGACAACCAAGUAAAUGUGUCACCAUUCCAAGAAGCUUAGAUGGGAGACUGCAAGUUUCACAUCGCAAAGGGCUACCCCAUGUGAUAUAUUGCCGUGUGUGGCGUUGGCCAGAUCUUCAGUCUCAUCAUGAACUGAAACCUUUAGAAAUAUGUGAAUAUCCAUUUUCCUCGAAGCAAAAAGAAGUGUGCAUCAAUCCUUAUCAUUAUAAAAGAGUUGAAAGUCCAGUGCUUCCACCGGUUCUUGUGCCAAGGCAUUCAGAAUUUGCUCCUGGCCAUUCUCUCUUGCCUUUCCAACAACUACCUGAACCAGCUAUGCCUCAUAAUGUGUCUUAUUCAGCCCAUGGGUUUGCCAAUCAAGCUGUCGGAUUGUCCCAAGCGCCAGGCCCUUCAACCACUAAAAGUAUGGAACGUCCUGUUACCACCAGUGCCUUAAGCUCCCUCUCAGUCAGCACAAAUCCUACAUCACCAAUGAGUAAUGUUUCCAGUCCUGCACCAAACAGUCCAUACAGCAGUUUACCAGCUGAAACACCACCACCAGCUUACAGUCCCCAUGAUGAAAAUGCUUCCUCCCAGGAACCUAUGGAUACAACUCAUGGCCCUGUGGGUGACCUGGCACCUGUGGCCUAUCAAGAGCCCAUUUAUUGGUGUAGCAUCGCAUAUUAUGAAUUGAAUUCGCGAGUCGGCGAAGUAUUUCACGCUCAAUCCCAUUCAAUAAUUGUGGAUGGAUUCACAAAUCCUGAUAAUAAAUCGGAUCGCUUUUGUCUCGGCCAACUUUCGAAUGUCAACCGCAAUUCGACCAUAGAAAAUACGCGGCGACACAUUGGAAAAGGCGUCCAUUUGUAUUACGUGGGGGGUGAGGUGUAUGCCGAAUGUUUGUCUGACUCAGCUAUAUUUGUUCAAUCUCGUAAUUGUAAUCAUCACCAUGGUUUUCAUCCGACAACUGUCUGCAAGAUUCCUCCUGGUUGUUCCCUUAAAAUAUUCAAUAAUCAGGAAUUUGCUCAGCUUCUGUCACAAUCAGUCAACCAUGGGUUUGAAGCUGUGUAUGAGCUCACCAAAAUGUGUACAAUAAGAAUGUCAUUCGUAAAAGGUUGGGGCGCAGAAUACCAUCGCCAGGACGUCACAAGCACCCCGUGCUGGAUAGAAAUCCAUCUUCAUGGACCACUACAAUGGUUGGAUAAAGUUCUUACUCAAAUGGGAUCGCCACAUAAUCCCAUUUCAUCGGUCUCGUAACAAUCUAAUGCUUCGUUGAAAUUCGCAAUUUUAUCAUCGGAAGAAUUUCAUCUACAAUUGUAGUAGAAGACAGUGCAACAGUUUGUGGAUAAGCUGCAGUUAUUUCUUCAAACGUUGCGGAUGACUCCAUUGCAACAGUCUUUUUCACAGUUGAAAAUUUUUUACACAUCCAUGCUAAUUUUCGAAUAUGUUUGCGCCGCACAUCUUCAAGUGUACCCGCAUUGAUACUGCUUGUUUCUUAUUUUAGUUUUCUUACAUUAGAGAGCUCUUUUCAUGUUUCCGUCUGAUCCUGUGGGAACGCUAACGUGUGCCAUAAUCUCUGAAUUUGCUCAUUUGGACUUGAGAAUCUAAAUUAUCAACAGCUGAAAUGAAGAGAGCGAAUUCAAAUAUUUUGCUGGGGAUACAGGAGGUAUGUGACAUUUCUAAAAAAUAGAUUUGGUUUCAUUGUGUGCUGUGGGAUUGUAAAAUGCUCUAUAAAUGUCUUCACACCCUUUUAUCAAUAAAUAGCGAAUUCCA